AUGGCUAACCCAGCCCUGCCACCCAGUCUAGACGCCUCCGAGGGCUUCCAGUACACCUUCCAUCAGCUGCACACCUUCCUCCCACUUCUGCUGAUCUAUCUCUUGCUGUCUGAUAUCGUCUCAGGUGACAAUCAGUGGGCAUGCUGCUCCAUCUCUGCCAACUGUUUUGUUCCACUCUUGAGCAAUUUGGAUCAAUUGGCCCCUGACAAUCGUCUGGUCGUCAUUGAAUACCUGGGAGAUGGGCGAGAUAAUCUAGCAUCCGAGCGUGCGGGAAUACUGGAGCGCUCUGAAGACAUCUUUGUUCUGUCGUCCCGAUUGAAUCUCGUAAAGUUUAUAUAA